AUGGUAUCUUGGAGCAUUAAAAAGAAAGAAGAUGGAGAACUACUUUUAGUCCUAGAUGGCGAGGUUGUGGAAGAAAACUACGGGAAAAUUUUAGAUGUCUCUGUUCCUACUGAGGAAGAAUACGAAGAUGAGCAUGUCCAGGUUAGUGUAAUAAAGCUAAAUUAUGUUUUCGUACCAGCUUUUCUGAUGAGCAGAAAUUGUAAUAUUUAAUAUAUAUUGCCGGGGACUUUUCAUGAUAAAGAUUAUGACGCUUGACGACGUCGUUUACUCGACACUAUUUUCCGGCUAACUCCAAUAAGUAUACACAUUUAUCCUCGCAUUUAUCAUUGCAAGUCAUUACUUGACUAUUUCAUAAACUUGGAUUUUUUAUACAUCCGCAGAUGCUGUUUUCAAUGCACGGCGAUGAAAUAUUAUCAUUAAAUAACUUCGAGGUGUCAGAAAUAUUCCGCGACGUAGAUUGUUGCAGUUCCCAUGACUUUGUAGCCCGCUGGAACACUAUUGAAAAUCGAUUUGGCAGCGACGAUACAACAAGUGAAGAUGAUCCUGAGACUGGGAUUGAAAGCGCAAGUGAUUGGGAUUUUUUUGCGUCUUUACCUCCAACGGCAAAUACUUCCACUACAACAAGUGAAGAUGAUCCUGAGACUGGGAUUGAAAGCGCAAGUGAUUGGGAUUUGUUUGCGUCUUUACCUCCAACGGCAAAAACUUCCACUCCUGUUAAAAAUUACCCGUGCGAAGGGACCAGCACAGUGUCAGAGAGCAAAGAAACUAUCAAAAGUAAGGCUAAAAGGAGAGAAAUGAAAACCAAUGUGUCAGGGCGCCAACGAGGAAUUUUGGCCUACGAACGGGACAACAAUAAGGGACUAUUUCGUCAAAGUGUAGUGUUUGGAGGCGAAGGUUGGCCCCCACCGUUCAGGCCCCUGGUGCAAGAAAUGCGGGAUUUUCUCUUUGACGAGACUGGCCUGAAGAAAAAUUGGGAUAAAGAAGAUGCGAAUAUGCUUCGAAAAUAUUUCUACAUGAAGUAUACAAUUCCAGUAAGUGGAAGUUGAUCAUUUUGUUAUAUAUACAUGCCCUUUUUUGUUACAAUUUCUACUGAAAGAAAUCUGUUUCACCACAUGGUUUCACUCAGGGGAAAUAGUUUCUAUUUAUAGCACAGUGCAAACAGUUGCUCAGAAAACAAAUAUAUAUGCUUAGUUUUGCUACAAUUUUCAGGCGUAGCAUACGGAAACCGCUUAAAUUCAUAUCUGACGUAUUAAAUCUUUUCUAUUAUAUAAUAAUAUUAAAAUAUUUUGUCAUUAUUUAUUUUUCCAUUUUAGAUGAAAAACACAUCAGUAUUAACAUUACACGCAAAACUUGCAACAAUGUCCCCCAGAUGUUACCAAUUGGCACAAAAAGUAAUGGACAUGUAUCAGUCCGGUCAGCUUAAACGUAAACGAUCUGACGACUCUGUCUUGUUGGCUGUUCACGCGACGUAUUUUGACUUUUUAUAUAAAUACAAUGUUUUAGAGCAGGAAGACGACGUGUACGCACUGCUCAAUAACAUUUGCAUAGAAAGAAAAAGACCCGAACGAAGACAAAAUUCUGGAAAGGAAAGAAAGCUCCAGGUAAUAAUUUUCCUAAUCUAAUAUACUGCAGAAUUUUUUGCAGGCACUGUAAAUUUCUUUUCUCUCAUAGACAUAGCCAUAGGCAUACUUCACGAGCGAGUGAUAGAAACAGCAUGCAGAGUAGAAGAAAUCAGACUCGAGCAAAAAAGGAGAAUACGCGGAAAUUAUUUAGUCUUCUUAUUGUUUUGCAGGCUGAUGAAAGUGAACAGGAAGAAUUAAAGGAAGUUAAAAAUGCUUUAAAACUUGUUAAAGAGGUGAAAUAUACUCAAAUUAAUAUUGCCUGAAAUUUAAUAAGCGUGAACAUAACCGCGAGGGGUGUAUUACUCCAAAAAUCUUCGUACAGCUUCAAAAAAUUCCCAAAGCCUUUAAAUUAACCUAACCUUUAAAUUCCUAUAUGUUUUGAGCGAUUUUGAAUUCCUGAAAAAAUCUUCGUAUGCGUAAUACACCCUUCGAAUAUAACCUAAUUGCCAAUUCCUAAAGGUAAAGCUUCCUAAUUAACCUUCCAUCUUUCGAUCAAAUUAUUUUAAAUAUCCAAGGAAAUGAGAACAACCCAAGUGAGAAACAAAGAAUUACAACGGAAAGUUAUAGCAUUAAGAAAGGUAAAUAUAGACCAAUGUAACUUUACAAGUUUUCAGCAAAAUAGUUUCUGUGAGACAGCAUUGUUAGACAUAUUUCCUGUAGUCCAGUACAUAUAUAUAGUAUAUAUAUAUAUAUAUAUAUAUAUAUAUAUAUAUAUAUAAUCGUGAGUAUUCCUAUUAUUAAUAUGAAAUUUAGUUGAAAUUUUUAUAUUUUUCAAAAAUACAGGAACUUGUUGACAAAGAAAAUACUCUAUCUACUACGAAUGUCCAGUUACAAGAAACAGAAAUGGUAUGAAACCGUAUACAUAGGCCUAUAUACUGACAAAUAGCAGCAUAUAAAGCAAAUUUGUUUUCCAUAACGAUUAACGUGUUUACACAUAGCCUAUAAGGUAAAUGUGUAUACUUAUUCAGUACUAUAUAUGUUGCAAUAGGAGCUUCGUAAAACCAAGGAGGAUAAUCAAUUUUUAGCUACUUCGCUUGCGACAGAGUCGAAGGUAUUAUUGUAUUGUAUAGCUUAAUGAUGUUCUGCUUAAAAUUUGAAAUUUAACACCAUCUGCAACGUGUAAGUGCAUCCCUGCAUGAUAAGCAACAAACUAUGCUAGUUUAUGGCUAUGUCUAAAAUACUUUUUGCAAUUCUAUAGAGGUUGUCCAAUAUUCGAAAGACAUUUGUUGCCCUCCAGAAGGUAUUUCUAUAUUUAACCUAACUCUAUAUAUUCUCUAUUACUAUUACUAUUUCAUCAUUUUAUGUAGUUACGGCAACCUAAGCCAUACAAGACAUCGACCUCUACAGUUAACUGAAGCUAUAUACUCCUAUAGUUAUUUUAAAACCACAGUUAAAGCUAUAUACUCCUAUAGUUAUAUAGUAGCACACAUUUAAGACACACGUACCAAAAAUGAUAUUUGUGCCGUUAAUGGAUCCAUAAUACAUGCACUAACUAAUAUUGAAAGAUUUAACAUUUUUACCAUUGGAAAUGCACAGCAUAUAUGCCAUAGAAACAUUUGAGAAAGUUGCAACGCCAUAUAUUUAAAAGACACUGACACUUAAUAAAAUAGAGUUUGUUAUUGAGUUUAGAAAACAUAUGACAAUCACUGAGCUGAAUGAUUUAUUUUUAAAUAACGUACAUGUCUCUGGGUUUGAAAUUGUGUUCAGAAAAUGUUCUUGACAUAAUGUAACAAGAAGUCUACGAAUAUUCAAUAGGAAAAUGAGCGUAUGCGGAAGAGUCGGAGCAACGAGGUUAUGUCUAUGGCUGAUCCUACGGCCGAUAACAAGGUGUCAAUUAGUGGCAAUGAUGAUAACCUGGUAAAGUUUGGUCAUUUUUCAAGCUAUUACUGGGGUUUUUUCCAAAUUCUUAACCAUUUUAAAUGAUAUCACUUUAUAAUAGACAGCCGCAAUUGGUGCAUUAAGAUCGAGCCACAAACGAAAGUCGUCCGAGAUUGAACAAAUACGCCAGCACCAAUCAGUUGAAAAAGACGAGCGUGCGAAUUCGACAGAUGCGCCGGGUUUGGCAAACGAUGAAAAUGAGGUAGGAUAUAAAAAAAUAUAUAUGCUUGUCACUAUAGAGAAAAAGUUAGAGAAAAGUUAAAACAGGGAAAAGUGGUUAAAACAUAUGCAUCCAUAUAUUAAUAUACUAUCAGUUACAUAAUUCUGUAAAUGAAGUUCUCCGAAAUACAUUUCAUUCGCUCAUAUUUAGAUUAUUCAAAGUUCAGUGCCAGGGGACGAUGUUAUUGGAGAGAAAGAUAAUGAAACGGUAAUUCGAAGUUCCAAUACAAAUAGGAAAGUUAGAAGAAAGACACGCCUAUAUCGUUGGUUUUAGCGUAACAUAUAAACUAGCUAUUAUAUAGUUUUAACUCGGUUCAUGUUGUAUUGUAUUAAAUGAUGAAUGUGCAUGGAUACGGCCAUUCGCACUGUGUCUAAGUUCCGAUUGGAUUGCGAUGAAGCACUUAUAUUACAUCCACUAUUCACAAAUAUUGUUUAUACUUAUAUUACUCAUUAUAUAUAUUUCAUAUAUUAUCCAGAGUUUAGCGGAUACAGAAGGCGAUACUUCUCAAGAACAAGAUCAUGGAACGGUAAUUUCAAUAUAAUUUGUAUGUAAAUAUGUCACUGUCAACAAUCAUUGACAUAUGUAUGUAUGUAAAUAUGUCACUGUCAACAAUCAUUGACAUUGCAUAUGAAUUCUGUCUGUUUACAGGAAGUAUCCAUUCAGAUUGGUGACUGGGUUGCGACUGACUUUGGAACAAGUACAUUUUAUGUUGGAAAAGUGACGAAAGUUUGUCCAGAAUCAAAAACAGCGGAAGCAAUGUUCUUGAAAAAGCAUGUUGAGAACAAAUACAAGGAGAGCAAAGCUACAGAUAAAGGAGUUGAGAGUUUUGCCUUCGAGCAAUUAAUUUCUGCUAACCUGGAUGUAGACUAUCUCAAUCGUGGAAUAUACAAACUUAAUAACUACCGAGAUAUAGAAAAUCUGCGUCUUGGGUUAAAAAAGGGUAAAAAGCAAAAACGCAAUUAA